GGCGCCAACCCUCCCGAAGUGACGCCUCUGUUGCGCCAAAACAACAGUGAGAUCGUCGCACAGGUUGGCAGCACUGCGAACUUCAGGUGUUACACGCAGACUAUCGGAGACGAGAUCGUCUCUUGGCUGAAAAAGGACGAGGAUCACCUGUUAACAGCUGGAGGCCAAGUUUAUUCCUCCGAGGGCAAGUAUUCCGUGUCCCAUGCAAGACAUCUCAAGUUAUGGGAGCUGUCAGUGAGAGAUGUGCGGUUCUCCGACGCAGGUUUGUAUGAGUGUCAGCUGACUACGCACCCGCCUACGUCCACUUUCUUCACGCUCAAGGUGGUUGAGGCGCGCGCCGUGAUCCAGGGCGAGCCCGACCUGCACGUGCACACAGGCGUGCGUCUGCGACUGCACUGCUCGGUGGAACACGCCACGGAGCCGCCCGUGUACAUCUUCUGGUUCCACAACGGCAGCAUGAUCAACUACACCCCCCGGCGCCGCUUCAAGGUCAUGGAGCACAACUUCGGAAGUUCGCUCGUCAUCACCAACGUCACCUGGGAGGACGCCGGCGACUACCGCUGCGAGCCGUACCUGGCCAUCCCCACCAACGUCACGCUGCACGUCGUCGCAGGUACGUCGGGGUUGAGUAUUAUAACCAUCAUCUUUCUCAGAGUUCCCACCGUCUCUGGGCCAUAG